UUCUUCUUCUUCUUCUUCUUCUUCUGCUGUAAGUAGUCAGGGGACACUGCUCUCUAUGGCUUGCAGUCGCCGCCGCCGCCGCCGCCGCCGAGAAGAUGGAGCUGUCGAGCCGGAGGUCGCGACCGGUCCUCGAAUUGUGGGCCGCCGCCGCUUCUUCAAGAUCAUACUCUCCGACGCGCUUGAAUCUGGAAAGCUUGGAAUUCCAAAGAGUUUCUUGAGAAGAUGUGGAAAGGAUCUCUCAAACUCCGUGCUUCUCAAGGUUCCGGGCGGUUCAACCUGGACUAUAGAACUAGAAAAGCGUAACAAUAACAUGGUUUCAUUGUGGAAAGGGUGGCGGGAAUUCACGGAGCAUUACUGCAUUGGUCAUGGUCACCUCAUAGUUUUCAAAUAUAAAGGGAACUCCACUUUUCACGUAAUAAUAUUCAAUAAGAGUGCUUCAGAGAUAAAUUAUUCGUCGAGCAGCGGCCAAACAUCAUACCUCGGGAGCAAAUUGCCUCCACCAAAUACAGAAGAUGUCCUACAAGCAGAAGAUCUGGAGGAUUUUACACCCCGUCGAAGAAUGAGGGUUGAACCACAUUUACCUUAUUCUCAGCUAAGUCCGAUCUACUCACCACGAGCGUCCGAAGUUUUUCCUGAGCCAGUUUUUCAUGGUCCUACACCUCUGAGGCCUCUCACUACUCCUGAAUUAGCCAACAAGUUUCAUUCGGAGAAUCCCUUCUUCAAACUGGUGAUAUAUCAGGGUACAAGAAUUAAUAUUCCUGUUGGAUUCGUCAGGCAACAUAUUAAAAAAGAAAGGACAAUGGUGACGCUUAGGUAUUCAGACGGGUCGUGGCUCGUGAAGCUUUUAAGAAAUUUGCAGCACCACCAGGCACUCUUCUCUGCUGGUUGGACUGCAUUUGCAAGAGAAAACCGUCUGCAUGUAGGAGAUGUCUGCAUAUUUGAGCUCAUUGAUAGGGAUGAUGGUGUGUUCAAUGUCUCCAUCUGCCGUAGUGCUGGUGGGAUAGAACAGUCUGCAUGCGGAGCGAGUCGUUCUGAACUGGAUUUUCAUGGUCCUGCUGUUCCAAGGUCUCUCAUAUCUCCUGAAUUAGCGAUAAAUAUUGAUACGGAGCAUCCCUUUUUCAAAAUGGUGAUCCCGCGAUCUUAUAUGAGUUGCCUGAAUAUUCCUGUUGGAUUCGUCAGGCAACAUAUUAAAAAAGAAAGGGCAAUGGUGACGCUUAGGUAUUCAGACGGGUCGUGGCUCGUGAAGAUUUUAAGAAAUUUGCAGCACCGCCAGGCACUCUUCUCUGCUGGUUGGACUGCAUUUGCAAGAGAAAACCGUCUGCAUGUAGGAGAUGUCUGCAUGUUUGAGCUCAUUGAUAGGGAUGAUGGUGUGUUCAACGUCUCCAUCUGCUGUAGUGCUGGUGGGAUAGAACAGUCUGCAUGCAGAGCGAGCCAUUCUGAGCCGGAUUUUCAUGGUCCUGCCGUUCCAAGGUCUCUCAUAUCUCCUGAAUUAGCCAUAAAUAUUGAUACGGAGCAUCCCUAUUUCAAAAUGGUGAUCCCGCGAUCUUAUAUGAGUUGCCUGAGUGUACCGGUUGGAUUUGCCAAACAACAUAUUCAAGAAAACAAACAAAUAGCAACUCUUCGGUAUUCGGAUAGAUUGUGGCCAGUGAAGCUCGUUAGGAGCCGUGGACGGGCCAGUGGGACUCUGUAUCUGUCCUUCUCUGCCGGUUGGCGUACAUUCGCUAGAGAAACUCAUGUGCGUGCAGGAAAUGUCUGCGUGUUUGAGCUCAUCGAUAGGGAUGAUACUGUGUUCAAGGUCUCCAUUUUAACUGGCGCUGAUAAUGGCCCGAUUCACAUUGAUUGAGAUGAAAAUCAGAAGCAUUACCUUAGGCCAUUUCAGCGUCAAUAUGAACUCAGGAGUCCAAUAAUGCCUCCUUUUAUCGAGCAGCGCAGCGGAGAAUCAAUAAAAAGCAAUCUUUUCUGCUUUUGUUUU